GCCGGUUUGGUAAACUACUACCGAUCCGGCGACCAACUCGCCGGGCACGUCGACGACGCCGAGGUGGACAUGUCCAAGCCCAUCGUCAGCGUGAGCCUGGGGUGCCCGUGCGUGUUUCUCCUGGGCGGGCGCAGCCGGGACGUGGCGCCGACCGCGGUGUUGAUGCGAUCGGGGGACGCGAUCGUGCUGACGGGACCGAGCCGGCGGUGCUAUCACGGCGUGCCCAGGAUAUUCGUCGCGGGCGAGGGAUGCGUGGACGGAGACGGGGUGCGGUUGGGGUGCCCCGAGUGGCUCGGGAACCCGGACGCGUGGGCGGAGGAGCCGGACGUGGCGAGGUACAUCGCGGGAGGACGCGUCAACGUCAGCGUCCGCGUGGUAG